AUGGUCCGCAUCCCCCUGCCGCACCGCAUCGCCAGCAAGGGAACGCCCUCGCCCGACGACCUCGCCAGCCCGCCCGGCUUCGUCGACUGCAAGCCCCUGGUCCUCAAGACCACUGUCCUCCGUGGCAGAGACCUGGCCGCCAAAGACCGCAAUGGCACCAGUGACCCCUAUCUUGUCGUCACCCUGGGCGACUCCCGCCAGUCCACUCCCACCAUCCCGCGCUCCCUGAACCCCGAGUGGAACGUUUCCUUCGACCUGCCCGUCGUCGGCGUGCCCCUGCUCGAGUGCGUCUGCUGGGACAAGGACCGCUUCGGCAAGGACUACAUGGGCGAGUUCGACAUUCCCCUCGAGGAGAUAUUCUCCGACGGCCGCAUCCAACAAGAACCGCAAUGGUAUGACCUCCACGCCAAGUUCAAAAAGGGCAAGGACAGCGACGUCUCCGGCCAGAUCCAGCUCCAAUUCUCCCUCUACGACUCCGCCCAACCCGUCCGCCGCGCCCGACGACAUCUUUCUCCCGCUUCAUCGCCCUUGUCUCCUCCCCCCGACGAUGACUACGAUGGCUCCUCCCCUGGGCCUCCACCGAAGACCGACGACAACAAGUCCAUCGCCGCCCGCGCCUACGAGUUCUCCGGCGCCAAAGACGGCGUCUCCGGCAUCGUCUUCCUCGAAGUGGGCAAGGUGCUGGACCUGCCCCCGGAAGCCAACAUGACCCGAACGUCAUUCGACAUGGACCCCUUCGUUGUCACCUCCCUUGGCCGCAAGACCCUCCGCACCCGCGUCAUCCGCCACAACCUCAAUCCCAUCUUCGACGAGAAGAUGGUCUUCCAGGUGAUGAAGCAUGAACAGUCCUACUCCUUUGCAUUCACCGUCAUGGACCGGGACAAACUCUCCGGCAACGACUUUGUCGCCUCCGCCAACUUUCCCCUGCAGACCCUCAUCCAGGCUGGGCCCGUCGCUGACCCGGACACCGGCCUCUACCAGCUGCCGGGCCUCUCGCAGCCGGCCGCCGUGCCACCCCCCGCGUCCGGCAAAUCGCGGUUUCGCCUGGCCAUCUCGCGCUCCUCGUCCGCCUCGAGCCUCACGAAGCUGGCCCGACCCGGCCUGAAAUCACGCACCUCGGCCGCUUCCCUCUCAAGUCAGUUCCAACCAGUGGAACAGACUCACGCCCCUGCCACUGCCCCCUUCUCCUCCUCCGAGUCCACGCCCCAGCUAAAUGUCCCAGGAACUACCAGCGCGUACCCUUCCGACGGCUCCCUCACCCCGCCCGACGCCGCCGACCUCAAGCCCUACGUGAUCCCCCUGGUGCUCCGCAACAAGGACCGAUGGGAGGACCGUCAUAACCCCGAGCUCCACGUGCGCGCCAAGUACAUGCCCUAUCCGGCCCUGCGCCAGCAGUUCUGGCGCGUCAUGCUGAAGCAGUACGAUGCCGACGACAGCGGCCGCGUGAGCAAGGUCGAGCUGACCGCCAUGCUCGACACGCUCGGCUCGACCCUGAAAGAGUCCACCAUCGACGGCUUUUUCCACAAGUUUGCCGAAGCCAACGAGCCUAGCGAGACGGUCGACCUGACCUUUGACCAGGCCGUCAUCUGCCUCGAGGAAACGCUGCAGGCCCUGCAGAAGAAAACUGUCGGGUCGCAGCUGCAGCGACUGAUGCCCGCCCGGUCCCAAUCCACGGAGGCCUCCGAGACCGAGCAGCCGUCGGGCGACGAGGUGCCAGCGCGCCUGAGCCCGUCUGUCUCCGUGAGCGCGGACCCCCGGGGCAUCGUCACGAAGACCAUCUCCCGCGAUGAAUCGAGCUCCGGCGAAGAAGGCACCCUCCACCCCGACGACCUCGCCGACGAACGCGGCGAAGAGCACGUUAUCGAGCUGCGCGAGUGUCCGCUCUGCCACCAGCCCCGGCUCGCUAAGCGGUCGGAUGCCGACAUCAUCACGCACAUCGCCACCUGCGCCAGCCAGGAUUGGCGGCAGGUCGACAACCUCGUCAUGGGUGGGUUUGUCACAUCCAGCCAGGCCCAGCGGAAAUGGUACAGCAAGGUCAUCACCAAAAUCUCCUAUGGCGGCUAUAAGCUGGGUGCCAACUCGGCCAAUAUCCUGGUCCAGGACCGCAUUACAGGCCAGAUCAACGAAGAACGGAUGAGUGUGUACCCGACAGUUCGCAAGAUGCUCAAAUCCCUGAGUAUCAAGCAAGGCAGGAAAUACGAUGAUCCUGCGUCGGCGAGUCAGAUCGAAGACUUUAUCCAAUUCCACCAGCUCGAUAUGUCCGAGGUGUUGCUCCCUCUCGAGGAAUUCAAGACCUUUAACGAGUUCUUCUAUCGUGCCUUGAAGCCGGGAGCGCGCCCUUGCUCUGCACCCGACAACCCGGACAUUGUCGUUUCGCCCGCGGACUGUCGCAGCGUUUUGUUUGAUCGGAUCGACGAAGCGACGAAGAUUUGGGUGAAGGGUAGAGAAUUCUCCUUGGAGCGGCUUCUGGGCAAAGCCUAUCCCGAAGACGUGCAGCGCUACAAAGGCGGCGCGAUGGGUAUUUUCCGGUUGGCGCCGCAGGACUACCAUCGAUUCCACAUACCCGUCGACGGUGUCAUGGGCCUUCCCAAGACGAUCGAGGGUGAAUACUACACGGUGAACCCGAUGGCCAUCCGGUCCGCACUUGACGUCUACGGCGAAAACGUCCGCAUUCUGGUCCCCAUCGACUCUGUCUCCCAUGGGCGGGUCAUGGUCAUCUGUGUCGGAGCGAUGAUGGUUGGCAGCACCGUCAUCACCCGGCAGGCUGGGGAGAAGGUCACUCGCGCCGAGGAGUUGGGCUACUUCAAGUUUGGCGGCAGCACGCUCCUGGUCCUGUUUGAACCGGGCCGAAUCAACUUUGACAGUGACCUGCUGGACAACUCGAGAGGAGCUCUCGAGACACUGAUCCGAGUGGGCAUGUCCAUAGGCCACAGCCCCCACGUCCAGCAGUAUACACCCGACAUGCGUAAACCCGCCGCGCUCGUAUCGACGGAGGAACGAGAAGAAGCGAACCGCAAAAUCGGCGGGGACCCGACACCAGCGAUAACACUGGAGGUUUCAUCACAUUAG